AUGAUCUCCUCAGCUGUCCUCAUUCCCGAGGAGCCUCAGCUCGAUUCUGCAGAGCAAAAUGGCUCCUUAAAACGCCGCCAAUCCUCCGUCUCUGAAUCCUCAGAAUCAAACAAACGUCCCCGCCUCCAUGCUCACACAUCACCGACUGCUUCGCACAAUGGCGCUGCCUCCCCUACAGCGCCAGCGGCAACCUCCCCAUCCACAGCGACCGCUGCAGGAGGACACCCAUCAGCGAUGUCUCCGCCGCUGCGCAGGCGACAAACGUCUUCAACCCUGGAACAGGACAAAUCUCGAAACCGAAGACUCUUUGGUGCCUUGCUCGGCACCCUUUCGCAAUCUUCCAAUGCCCCUAGAAGGUCUUCCGCUGGAACAAAAGUCAACAACCAGACAACGACAUUAAACGCACGCCGCGAGGAAAUCGAAUCUCGUCAACGGGAACGCUUAAAGCGCGAGUCCCACGAAAUCGCUGAGUCUGCACGCCUGAAAAGGGAACAACUUGAGCGCGAACGACGAGUGGAGCAGGUGCGCUGGGAUGAAGAAGCGAUGCGAUUGAGACACAGAAACAUGAGAGCCGCUGCUGGAUUUUUGCAGACCAAGGCAGAGCCACGAUUGUAUUACAAACCCUGGGAGCUGCGCGACUUUGAGGAAGAGGAGAUUAAACGGCAGAUUGAGGACGCGGAGGCGAGGAUUCAGCGGGAAGCCGAGGAGUUUGAGGAGAAAAAGAAGUUGGGAGAAGAGGAGCUAAAAAGAGAGGAGAGAGAGAAAGACGCCCAACAGCCCUCGGCUCCAAUGACAAGCACACCUGGAGCUACUACAACAGAUGAAAUGGACGAUCGCCAUAAGACACAGGACGAGGCCGACAAACACGCACGUGGAGACGAAUUACCAGAGCAGAUAAACGACGAAAGGAAUGCGGAGGAUCAUGUCUCCCCGCUCAAUUCUUCCAGCCUGGUAAAAGAUAGCGAUCCUGCGGCAGACGCAACGAAAACUGAGAGGCUGCGCAGCAGCAGUAUCAAAGAUCAGGACGACCAUGAUCACGGCGGCGAAGAGCUCGAGCGCGGGCAGGAAGAUGAUUCGUCAUAUCCGUCAAUAAUGGAGCCACGUCCAACAACAAGCGACGCAGGCUCUCAAACCUCGCCUAUAAAUGUAUUGACCUUGAAUUGCUGGGGGCUCAAAUAUCUGGCAAAAUACCGACACGAACGAUUGUCCGAAAUAGGAAAUCGGCUUGCAACCUAUUCUCCUCAACUCGAUAUCGUUGGCCUGCAAGAAUGCUGGACUUUUACCGAUUACCUAUUCAUCCGAGACAGCACUCGUUCUUUCCUUCCAUACGGCAAGUUCUAUCAUUCUGGCAUCUUUGGUGCUGGUUUGGCCAUCCUUAGUCGAUGGCCAAUCGUAGAAUCUUCAAUGUAUCGUUAUCCUCUGAAUGGCCGACCCCAGGCUUUCUUCCGUGGCGACUGGUUUGUUGGGAAGGGUGUCGCAUGUGCCAAGAUCUCACUGCCCGAUGGUGACAAUAUCGAAGUGUUCAAUACACACUUACACGCCCCUUACGAAAAGGAACCGAACGACAGUUAUAUUUGCCAUCGAACGGCGCAAGCAUGGGAAAUUGCAAAACUCAUGCGUGCAGCCUCGGACAGAGGCAGCCUAGUUAUUGGCCUGGGCGAUUUCAACAUGGUCCCAUUGAGCUUUGCACAUGUCCUCGUCGAAAGCCGUGCUGGAGUACAGGACGUCUGGCGAGUCGUGAGACCUGGAAGCAGCAUUGGUGCAAGCGUGGACCCGCCUGAAAAGGAGCGCAGAAAACGUAUGGGCGAAGAGGAGACCCCAACCGCCGAGACGAGUUUAGGGGAACACGGGCACACGUGCGACUCUGUAUUAAACACGUGGCGAUGGAACAAAGCACAUCAGAAGCAACUGGCGCAAGGUCAUGACAGGAAAAUAUCGGGCACAGACCUGGAUCCCAAAGCAAAGCGGUUGGACUACAUCUUUUUCAGCGGUAUUGGCAAGGGUUGGAGAGUUGCCGAUGUGAAAGUUGCGCUUACCGAAAGACACCCGACCCUCCUCUGUUCGUUGAGCGACCAUUUUGCCGUGCAGGCGACACUGGAAAGAAGCCAAAUUCUACCGUCCCCUCCAGAUAGAGUUGAAGCACAUGCAGCGUUGCACGACCCGAGCACCACAGAUCCCAAUCUUCAAACGGCGGAUUUUGAGGACAAAGAUUUCGACAAGGCAAUAUCGGACAUACCCACGCGAGGUCAAAUCAGCCAGGAUUUCUAUAGAGACAUUCUCACCAUGAUCAACAAAUACACGCUGCGGGAGAGGAAACAACGACGGUAUGGCCUUUUGCAUUUCGUUGGCUCCGCCGUGGUGUCGAUCGGCUGCUUCGUCGCCAUCUGGUGGUCACCUCGGAAUUAUGUGUCCUUCAUUUUGAUUUUGCUAAGCAGUCUGGGACUCAUGGCUGGAACGCUGCAUGGUUUGAUCGGGGGUCUCUUUGUGGGCUCGGAAUUGAGAGCCCUGGCCGAGUUUGAGUGGGAGGUUCGAAAUGCGCUGCAUCUUGCAGGCGGUCCGGCCUUGGAAGACCGAUCACUGAAAUUGAAAGACUGGUACGACUGA